UCAGCCAAUCAGCUGCUGAGAUAUCGUCCAUAUAGCUGAUCAUUAAUGCUAAUGAUGCUAAUGAUGCUAACUGUCCAACAUAUGCAGGUUAGCAUCCGUCAGUGUAACAGCUGGAGACCCAGACUGAACAGUUCUAACAUUAAACUUUAUACCAAACCUGGAACACAGACAGCCUCAUUUAAUCCACACAGAGAACCAGAACUGUUGAGCGUCGUCCUCGUUGCUGCCGUCGUCCUCGGAUUGGAGUUGUGGAGUCUGAUAACCACCGACAGGUGAUGGUGUCAGGAUGUCUGACGGGAGGCAGCGAACUUUGUCCACCUCUGGAGAGUCUCUGUAUCAGGUCCUGGCUCUGGAGAGAGGCUGCAGCCAUGACGACAUCAAAAAGUCCUACAGGAAGCUGGCGUUGCGGUACCACCCCGAUAAGAACCCGGACAACCCGGAGGCGGCGGAGAAGUUUAAGGAGCUGAACAGCGCUCACGCCGUCCUGUCUGAUCUCACCAAGAGGAACAUCUACGACUCGUACGGCUCUCUGGGACUCUACGUGGCCCAGCAGUUCGGAGAGGACAACGUCAACACCUACUUCAUGUUGUCCACCUGGUGGGCCAAGGGUCUGUUCCUGGUGUGCGGGGUCCUGACCGGGUGUUACUGCUGCUGCUGUCUUUGCUGCUGCUGCAACUGCUGCUGCGGGAAACUCAAGCCGACACCCACAGGUGAGGGGGCGGAGCCAGACUACUUCUCCCCUGAUGACCUGGAGGAAGAGAUACGCAAUGACCCCGACCACGACGUUGAAACUCCGAUCGUUCAGCAGCCGACGAACGCCAGCGAGAAAACUCAGCUGAUCACCGACGGACAUCGCAGAUAUGGAGACACCUACUCAUGAACCCACAGGAAACAGGAAACGCAUCACUGAUCCAUCCACAGUGCCCUGACGGACCCCUGCAGGCAGAAACACACCACAGUCAUU